AUGCGCAAGGGUCAGCGCAAGAAGAACCUAACCGACCGCGAGUGCAACAACUUAGUUCAGCAUGUGCUGACAAGGUGCACGCCGAAAGGCAAGAUCCCCAAGGGCGUCGCCGACGAGAUUGGAGCACUGUUCAAUUGCACCCCAAACACGGUCCGGAGGAUUUGGCGGCGUGCAGGUGUAGACCUAACUGGUAACAAGACGAUUUGUCAAAGUGUCCAUCAACGCAAGAAAGGCAGCAGUGGUCGCAAGCGUGCACACACAAACCUACCAGAACGGAUUCAAGUCUUCCCACAAUCCCGCCGGUAUUGCUUUCGGUCGCUCGCGCAUGCUUUGGGAAUUCCGAAGUCUACGUUCCAUUGUUACUUCAAGAGCGAUGUCAUUGCCAAGUACUCAACUGUUCUGAAGCCGAUUCUCACCGAGUCGUACAAAGUGUGCAGGCUCCAGUGGGCCAUGAACCAUGUCAAGGACAUCGACGGCGCGAAGUUCUUCGACUCCAUGCUCGAUACGGUCCACGUUGACGAAAAAUGGAUUUUUAUGACUCGCAUGAAGCGAACUGUCAUGUUUCUGUCCGCUGUGGCCCGACCGCGUUGGGACGACACUAAGAAGGAAUGGUUCAAUGGCAAGGUGGGCACUUGGCACUUCACCGAGGUUGUUCCCGCCCAGCGACGCAGUGUUCGACGAGAUGCUGGCACCCCUGACAUGAAGACCAUACCUGUGACCCGCGACACGUACAAGGCAAUGCUGAUCCAACAUGUCAUACCUGCCAUUCGAGCCAAGUGGCCCGUCGCAGAGUCAAGGUCCGUGAAAAUACAGCAGGACAAUGCCCGACCACAUGUGCCUCCACUCGACGCUGAUGUUAUUGCUGCGUGUAAAGCCGACGGUUGGGAUAUGCAGGUUGUGUUCCAGCCUCCGAACUCCCCGGACAUGAACGUCCUCGAUCUGGGAUUUUUUCGAGCAAUUCAAGCACUUCAAGCGGAAAAGUAUUCAAGCACUGUCGAAGAAAUUGUGGCGGCGACGGAGGCAGCGUGGGCGAAUGUCAAAAUGACUACGUUGAACAAAAACUUCCUGACUCUGCAACGAUGCCUCCAGGAGGUGCUUCUGGACAAAGGCUACCAGAAGUAG